AUGAACGGUGUGAUAGAAGGUGUAUAUGAGCCAGUGCAGCACCAUUGGUUCCACUGCGAGCAGCAGGUGGACUGUAAAGACUCCUGGUUCCCUUUCAGCAGAGAGGACUCAUCAAGGCUGGAAGAGGCACACAAACAUGGGGAGACCCGCGGGGAGGAGGAGAUGGUGGUAGCCACAGAGGGUAGGCGGUUCGAUGUGAGGCUGAAGGAGAGGCGGCGCUACGCGGUGUACUGGGAGCAGCCCCCCUCGGAGGUGAGGCGGUGCUCCUGGUUCCACAAAGGAGACAAGGAUAUCUCCUACACCCCUUACCCAGAGCACACCAGCCUCGUCCUGGAGGAGGCUUACAUGAUAUCAGUGACGCUGAAUGACUGGACGAGGAAGUUAGAAUUCCCCACUGGAGAAACGGUGGUGUUGCACAGCCGUAUGCUUAUGACACAGCAACAGACAAUCCCCUCUAGGUACUGGAUAAGCUUCCCCUCUGACUCUGAGCAAAGUCGACCCAGGACCGUAAAAAGGGGGCUGGAGGGUAUUUCAAUAGAGAUACCUGAAGGAGAGCCUUACCAAGUGGACCACCUUGUCUUCAUGGUACAUGGCAUUGGACCGGCCUGUGACAUCCAGCUGCGUGGGGUCGUUCAAUGUGUGAAUGAUUUCCGCGAUGCUUCACUCAGCCUGCUGAGCAGUCACUUCAAGCAGAGCCAAGAUGGCGCCCACAUGGGCCGUGUGGAGUUCCUGCCAGUCAACUGGCACCGGGUGCUGCAUGGGGACGCCACUGGAGUGGACGAGGAUAUCCAGAGGAUCACCCUGCCCAGCAUCAGUCGUCUGCGUCAGUUCAGCAACGGCACGGUGCUGGACCUGUUCUUCUACAACAGCCCCACCUACUGCCAGACCAUCAUAGACACCGUGGCCUCAGAGAUCAACCGCCUCCACCACGUAUUCCUUCAGCGCCACCCACAAUUCACUGGUGCAGUGUCACUGACUGGACACAGUCUGGGUUCUCUGAUCCUCUUUGACCUUCUGACAAAUCAAGAAAUACAUAACACAGAUGAAAAGAUAAGUAGCGUCAGCAGCCCAAGUGAAGCAACCUCCAUUAACUUUGAGAGCUUUGAGGAAACACUUAGGAAUUUCGGAUUGGGCAAGUUUUUCCAAAUGCUUACAAAGGAGCAGAUGGACUUAGAAUCACUGGCUCUCUGUUCGGAGACGGACUUGAAGGACUUGGGAAUACCCUUGGGGCCUCGCAAGAAGAUCAUGUGCUUGUUGAAGAGAUGGAGAGAGGUCCAAGAACAACCAAUGCUCCUUUCAGACGCCCCCUCCACCAGCCCAGUGGAUUACAAGUACUUUGACAUUGGCAUUGGCCAGGUGUCCAUUGUGUACCCUCAGCUGGCCUUCCAGCCGCAGGCCUUCUUUGCCUUGGGUUCUCCUAUAGGGAUGUUCCUAACGGUGCGCGGCCUGAAGAGGAUCGACCCCAAAUACAGCCUCCCCACCUGCAAGAGCUUCUACAACAUCUUCCAUCCAUUUGACCCGGUGGCCUUCAGGAUUGAGCCCAUGGUGGUGUCUCCAGGGGUGGACCUUCCCCCAAUGCUAAUCCCACAUCACAAGGGCAGGAAGAGGAUGCAUCUCGAGCUGAAAGACAGCUUGAUGCGAGUCAGCUCAGAUCUGCUGCUCUCCAUCAGUACUCUCCGUGGUGUGUGGCAGACCCUCACCACACUACCUGUCAACACACUUCCCCCAGUGGCCAGUGUAGGAACCACAUCUGCACUGCCACCUCAGGAGUCAGAAGGGAUUCUGAGGAUACCGUGUUGCUGCUUUUGA